AAAACUAUACCAAUGUAAAAUAAUCAACAUGUGUAACUUCAACAAGAAAUGACUCCCACUCCAAACGAGGGAUCAAUUUCUUAGGUGGUUUAUCCAUCAAUACAGAAUCAAUAGAUCCAAAUCGGAUAGCCAAUUUCAUAAGUAAUUCCAGCUCAAUAGAUGAUGCACCCAGGUCCUUAUUAGCAAUCGCCCUAUUCUUCGGCUGAUUAGCCAAUUUAUAACCCACAACCAAUUCAAAUAGUUUAACCCAUAUAUUCCAAAUACCCAAGCAUAAUAACUUGUGUGUACUGCUAAAGACAGGUGCAAACGGUUGUGAAUUAUGAAGCAGGCACUGGAACCUACUUGGUUGGAGGGAUAGUGGCCGCUGUUGGAUUGUGGUUAGGUUGCUGUUUAAUACCGUGCUUCAUUUAAGAUUGUAAAGACGCCGUUCACUUUUGUCCUUCUUGUCAGGCCAACGUGGGAAAGAAGAGAUUUAUAUUCGAUUGAUUAAGAUAUGUAUUAUGGAAUGUGUAGAUUCAAUUUUUAUUACUGUUCUAAAUCCCAAAAAUUAUAUUUAAA